AUGACGGAUUUCCGAAGAAUUUAUCGAGAAAUCGAGGCACGAGACAAGAACGCUUUGCACUUCAUCGAUACUGUACUUUUAAUCGCCCGGCAGGCGAGGAAUCUGGAAGUCACAAGACGGCUGGAGACUAAGACGAUUCUGGACAAUUUCAAAGCAUUACCGCAGAGUUCAAGGGAUUAUCUUAUCAUGAAAUUCCCACCACUUAAAUUCCUUGACUCAUCUUUCACUGAGAAGCCGCCCGGAUCGGAAACCUCCACAUCUCAACCUUCAGCGACGAGAACUCCCAUUUUUUCUUCUGUGGCUACAACGAUAACAUCGCCACAU